CAAGGAGAACUUUCUUUCAAGCAAUCUGCAUGCUUGAGGCACCCUCUCUGCUAUGGAAUCCUGGCCUAUGCUGGCCUGGCUCCUCUUUCUUAGCUUAAUUGCUGACUGCCUGAAGGGAACUCGAGCGCGAGACUUUACAGUGAAAGAUAUUGUGUACCUUCAUCCUUCAACAACUCCAUACCCUGGUGGAUUCAAAUGUUUCACCUGUGAACAAGCAGUAGAUAACUAUGAAUGCAACCAGUGGGCUCCAGAUGUAUAUUGUCCAAGAGCCACAAGAUACUGCUAUUCUCAACAUACCCUGGAAGCCAAUGGAAAGAGCGUAUCAGUUACUAAGCGAUGUGUGCCCCUGGAGGAUUGUUUGACUACAGGUUGCAUAGCUCUCCAGCACAAAGGACUGAAGGUUUGCACUUCUUGCUGUGAAGGAAACAUCUGCAACUUGACAUUACCCAGAAAUUCUAGCGAUGCCAUUUUUGCAACAACAACGCCUAUAAAUCAUACACAGAGACAUUGGCAAGAUGCAUCAGUAAUAAUGCUGUGUCUCCUCUCACUCUUUGCUACGUAGUCCUUUUUGGAUAAAUUACCAAUUAAACAUCAAGGAAAACAGUUGGAGGAAAAUAUUUAUGCACACAAACAUGACCUUAAUUUAAUAUAUGUUUUUCAAUGCUUUUUUUUUUAAGUGACAUUUUAAAACAACCUUUUGAAUUCCUUUUAGCCUUGGCUGGUUCAAAAGCCAUACUUUCUGAUCUGUGUCUUUAAAAAAGGGGACUUUUGUUGUAAGUUGAAUAUUCUGAAGGAAGGUUUUUGUAGUCAUUAAAAUGGGUGUUUGUUUUUUAAAUCAUUCUCUAUUCUUGUGAAAGGAGUAUUUCUAGAAAUUGCAUACUUAGAAUAAUGCUAAUUGAAAACCAGGGUUUCAAAGUAACACUAUUCUUCUAUGCAAAAAAGGAUUCUAGAUAAUCAUCUUACAGCAUUAAACCAAUCUUAGCUUGAUCAUUAUAUUGGAUUGGAUCUAGAUUUAGUCGUAUUUUCACAGACAUACUGAAAUCACAGCUAAACUCUCCAUGAUUUUAAUAGGGCCUAUACUAUGACUAGAUCUAAUCCAUAUCUUUUAAUCAACUAUAGAAGAUCGAUACCCAUUUUAGAAAAAUCAUUUUCGUGCAUGGUAAGCAGGCACUUGGUUGUUGCCUUGGAGGU